CGCCUUCCGGAGGCCGCGCGCGCCCGGCGCCCUUCCAGGCCUGUGCGGCGCCGAUCGGCAGCCGCUGGGCGGCGAUCCAGGGCGGCGCGGGGCCUGGGCGGGAGCCGCGAGGCGCAGCCGGCAUGGAGGCGCUGCUGCUGGGCGUGGGGUUGCUGCUGGGCGCCUACGUGCUCGUCUACUACAACCUGGUGAAGGCCCCGCCGUGCGGCGGCAUCAGCAACCUGCGGGGCCGCACGGCCGUGGUCACGGGCGCCAACAGCGGCAUCGGGAAGAUGACGGCGCUGGAGCUGGCGCGCCGGGGAGCGCGCGUGGUGCUGGCCUGUCGCAGCCGGGAGCGCGGGGAGGCGGCCGCCUUCGACAUCCGCCAGGAGAGUGGGAACAAUGAGGUCAUCUUCAUGGCCUUGGACUUGGCCAGUCUGGCCUCGGUGCAGGCCUUUGCUGCUGCCUUCCUGAGCUCUGAGCCACGGUUGGACAUCCUCAUCCACAACGCCGGGAUCAGUUCCUGUGGCCGGACCCGAGAGGCCUUUAACCUGCUGCUUCGGGUGAACCACAUCGGUCCCUUCCUGCUGACCCAUCUGCUGUUGCCCCGCCUGAAGACUUGUGCCCCUAGCCGUGUGGUGGUGGUCUCCUCAGCUGCCCACCGGCGUGGGCGCCUCGACUUCAAACGCCUAGACCGCCCCGUCGUGGGCUGGCGGCAGGAGCUGCGGGCGUACGCUGACAGUAAGCUGGCCAACGUGCUGUUUGCCCGGGAGCUUGCCACCCAGCUUGAGGGCACUGGCGUCACCUGUUAUGCAGCCCAUCCAGGGCCUGUGAACUCGGAGCUGUUCCUGCGCCAUCUUCCUGGAUGGCUGCGCCCACUUUUGCGCCCGCUGGCUUGGCUGAUACUCCGGGCGCCGAGAGGGGGUGCGCAGACACCCUUGUACUGUGCUCUGCAGGAGGGCAUCGAGCCCCUCAGUGGGAGAUACUUUGCCAACUGCCGUGUGGAGGAGGUGCCCCCAGCUGCACGAGAUGACCGGGCAGCCCAGCGCCUGUGGGAGGCCAGCAGGAGGCUAGCAGGGCUUGGGCCUGAGGAGGAUGCCGAACCCAAUGAAGACCCCCAGCCUGAGGACCCAGGGGUCCCACCCUCACUGAGCACCCCCCACCCUGAGGAGCGCACAGUUUCUGAACCCGACCUCAGCCCUCAGAGCUCACCAGAUUUGUCUAAGGUGAUACGCCGAAUUCGAAUCAAAGCUGAGCCUGAGACCCAAGUCUCCUAAGCCCCAGGCCAGGAUGUUAUUCAUGGCACUUGGUGGCCCUUGAAAACCCUAGCUGUGUGCCAUGCCCUGAGCACUGAGGGGUUUGCAAUUUUUACCUCUAUGGUUACUUUCUGGGGCCCCAAGUUGUGUCCUGGACAGUUCUUUUCCUGGUUGAAGGAAUCAUGGGUGAUUAUUUCUUCCCGAGAAUGACAGCAAGCCCAGAUGGAGGGGUGGACGCUAAGGUGCCAGGCACUGUGCUUCUCAGGAAUUUGAAUUUCGGAUUUCCAGGCCCCACCCUCGGUGAUUCUGAUCAGCUCGGGAGCAGGGCCUGGAAAUUUGCCUGAUGCACUGCCAACAUUGAGAAUUACCGAACGGAGCCCUUUGCAACCAUCUAGCUAGGUAGUUAAAUUACCCCUGUUUGACAGAGGCGGGAUUAGGCUCCAGAGGUAAGGGACUCGCCCAAGGUCUCACAGACCUUAGGAGCGGAGACUGGGAUUGGAACCCGGGGGUCUGAGGCCAGGGCCGACUGACGGCUGGGAGGUGGGCAGUGAGUCAGAGAUAGGCGGUUGUUAUCGAGGCGCCCCGUGGGGGUGAGGCGGACCCCGCGAUCUGGAGCCCCUAGUAAUAAAGCGCGUUGACUGCCGA